GUUCCCAGUACAACCAGGGACUGACAGAGCUCAGCUCAACAUGAGGUUUGAGGAGAUCCUGAAUGAAGUUGGUGGCUUCUGUAGAUUUCAGUCUCUGAUCCUGAUUAUCCUCUGCCUGCCUCGUGCCAUCCUGCCCCUUCAUUUUCUUCUGCACAACUUUAUUUCUGCAACCCCUCCUCACCGCUGCUCCUCUGGGACCCCAGAGGAAAGGAAUGGGAGCAGCUGGACCAUCACCCCAGAGGAACUGGCCUUCAGGAUCCCCCGUCAGGAUGAUGGUUCCUUCAGUUCAUGCAGGGUCUACGAUCCCUCUCUGGUCAGCAACUUCAGCCYAACAAACAGGACUAUACUUUGUCCUCAUGGUUGGAUUUACAACCAGUCACAGUUCAUCUCUACAACAGCCACCGAG